AAAUCAAUGGUUGCAUUCCAACUCCAUCCUCAGAACGCUGCCCUCCUGGGUCAGUGGGUCCAAACUGUAAGCCGUGCAAGGCGAGGGGCCUACCUUGCGGUACAAGCAAUUUCUGCUGUACUGGGAGUUGCCUCGGUUCCAUGUGCCAAUAAGCCAAUCCGUGACAGUAACGAGGAGGCAACUGUCGACUUGAAGAGCCUUAUGCACGCAAGUGGAUCCUUCAAGCUGGAGCUCUACGCCCUGCCUGCCAGUGACGGCAACGAUUCCCUGCGUAACGCGCACAGUAAUCAAAUUAAAGCCUCCAGCUCUCAUUGGUUGCACAGCCUGGUGAUGUCUCUUCCGAAGCAGCUUGAGCACUGGUACUCUGGCUGCUACCUAAAGACUCCGGCCGAUGCCGUGGUCUUGUGUGAUAAAUGGACUCAAAUAGACUCUCUGGGUGACCACUGGAAGGGCAAUAUACACAUGAAAAAACACUGGAGCAAAAAUCGAAAGCUGACCAUUCGCGCUAAAUACGCCGCCAAAGAUACCAACUACAACACGCUAAUGGAAUACUCGUUAGCCUUUUGA